AUGGAUCCGCCGAAGAUCACACUCAAUACUCGCAAUAGACAAAAUCGUCAAGAUUUAGAUUCCUGGCUGAAAUCAUCUCAAGGCAAAGGCAAAAUACAACAAUUUCUAUUUCCAUAUAGCAUCAUCAAAUUAGAUUUCAAUUAUAAUCAUGGUGGCAGUAAGAGUAAUUAUGUUAGCUACACUAAAAGAUCGACAAACGCUAGAAGUUCCAAUAUCGACACCAGAAUCUUAGACAGUUCCUUGCAAGCAUCGCAAGACCGCCAUACUAGCCGACAUCAAACCCCAUCAUCAUCGAUUAACAAUGAUAAAAAGCGGAAAGAAAUGGCACAACUGUCGGAUGCUAUUACAGACAGCCUCUAUUGGAGGGAAAAUUCAUCAUCGACGACAUCAUCCACCAUUUCCCCUCGACGACCAGUUAAAAUACCGGAUAAAUAUCUUUCUUAUUUUGUUUCAAAACAACCAUCAACAAAACACAAGCAAACAAAUAGUCCUUUGGCAUCAUCGUUUUCGUCCAAAGUUAAGCCCGAUAGUAUAAGUCGUAGUAGUAGCCGUAGUAGCAGAAAAUCCGAUAUUCAUUCUAAACCAUCUCAAUCACAUAGUUUAACAUUAUACGAUCCAAAUUCGAAUCAUCAAGAUACCAAUAGAAAUACUAAUCUUUUCUAUAGCAUGAACGAUCAUGAUAGUUUCCAUAAAUUAUUUAAUCACACAAGUCAAAAUAAAACCACCAAUGUACCUUCCGAUAGCGAUCAAGGAUCCAAGCAAAAUCGAUCGAUAUUGAAAAGGAAAGUAAAAAAGUUAUACAGUUACUCCCGUCAAAGCAAUAUCGAAGAAUAUCCAGUAGGAUUAACAUCCUCAUCAUGGCAUUACGAUAGAGAUCUUCAACAAUCUCUGAAUAACGAUAGCAUAAACUCUAAUCUGUCUUCCUAUCUAAUCCAAAACGACAAACCAGAUAAAUUCAACCACUAUAUCAAUCUCAGUAGCCAAUAUUCUAGCCCUGCAGGAUGGGCUCUAACGAUUGUUCGACGGAUUACUCCUAAUAUCGUAGAGCAGCAAAAAAAAUUGCCUCUGCAAGAUUCUUUCAUAAAGGAACUAAAUACAGCAGCAUUCAAUUAA